AUGUUCCAGCUGCCUGUCGAGGUGGGUGAACCCAAGAUCAAAUCCGGACACAAGUCCACCCACGAUGUCUCUGGAAUCAUCGGUGUCUCAGGCGAGAUGACCGGCACCAUCGUGCUCUCGAUGCCAUCAGAUGCCGCGAGCUCUAUUGUGACCCUGCUCGCUGGGAUGGAGUUCGAUGUCGACUCAGCAGACUUUGCAGACGCGGUUGGCGAACUCGUAAACAUGAUCUCCGGCAACGCGAAAGCCGAGUUCCAGCGCCGUGAUGUCUCGAUCUCAUGCCCAUCAGUUGUCAUCGGAUCUGGUCAUACCAUCGCUGUCCCAACCGGAGUUAUCCCAAUGAAAAUCUUGCUCAUCGACGAUUCCAAGACCAUGCGCAAUAUCCAGAAGUCAGUCCUCAAGCAGCUCGGGUACACCGAAAUCGAAGAAGCUUGCGACGGACAGGAUGCACUCUCGAAAGUCGGCGCUUUCCAACCUGACCUUUGCUUGGUCGACUGGAACAUGCCUGUGAUGGACGGCUUGACCUUUGUCAAGAACUUCCGUCAGAACGACAAGACCACUCCGUUGAUCAUGGUGACUACCGAAGCCGAGAAAUCGCGUGUCAUCGAAGCGAUCAAAGCUGGAGUGAACAACUAUGUGGUCAAGCCGUUCACACCAGACUUGCUUUCAGAGUGUAUCGUGGCCGAGGGCUCAUGCGAUCUUGACCAUCUGCUCAGUCUGAGCACAGACGCGGCAUCGAUCAAAUGCACGCUGCAUGUCGCGCCUACAGAUUCCAUCAAGGGUCUGGAUGUCGUGGCGCUUGAAGCGUUCCUGACUGGUCGUGAUGUGCUCGCGCGAUACAUCGAUCGCGAUGCACUGCAGAGGUUGAUUGACGAGAUCAUCGAGACCCCCAAACAAGAACACUCGAUGGUUGUCGCGACCGGCGAGAAAGCGAUCAACGGCGCAAGCGCAACCUACACGCUUGUGGAUUCCGUCCAAGAGCAGUUUGAUGCGCUCGCGAAGCGCCAGGAUGCUGUGAAAAAUGAGGGCUCGAACUCUGCUCCGCCCCCUCCAGAUCAGGAUGAUGCGAACUCAGUCAACUUCUAUGACCAGAUGGCUUUCGUAGUUGUUCAAAGAGGCGAUCCGAUCGCGCAAAAAACCGAAGGCUCGAUGGGCACGGAUGGCUCCGAUGUGUUCGGCGCAACCAUCACAGCUCAGGACGGCAAAGCAAACGAUGAUGUCAUUGACAACUCGAUCAUCGUCAAUGAGAAUGGUUUGUGCACCGCAGCAGUCUCCGGCGUGCUCACUGCGACACCACUGAAGAUAUCCAUCUCUGAAACACUCGAGAUCAGGGGUGAUGUUGACUUCCAGACUGGCCGGAUCACUUUCCCAGGAUCAGUGACGGUUAACGGCGGUGUCAAAGACCAUUUCAGGAUCUGUGCAGAUCACGACAUCACCAUCCAUGGAUUGGUCGAGUGCGCCAAGAUCGAAUCACUGAAGAACAUCACCCUGACGCGUGGGAUGGCCGGGAAAGACACCGGCACACUCCAUUGCGCUGGAGAUCUUACCGCACGCUAUCUUGAGAGCACGAUUGGGAUCGUCAUCGGGAACGCUCAUAUCCAGAGUGAAAUCACCAACUCAUCGAUCAAUGUCCGAGGCAAACUCAAUGCCGAGCAAGCGGUCAUUCGGGGUGGAAAGGUGCUCGUCUCGAAGGAAGCCGUGGUCAACAGCAUCGGGUCUCCGCAAGGCGUUGAGACCACGAUCGCGAUCGGGGUGCUCGAAGAACUCGAAGUUGAACUCCGCGCCAUCGACGAACUCAGCGAAAAACUGCAGUCCCAGAUCAAGUCCAUGACCACCAAGAAAGAGACCUACUCCGCUUCGAUCGCCAAACCGACGGCGAGUCAGAUCGAAGAGAUGAUGGGUAUGGACUUCGAACUCCAGGAAUACCAAUCACGACUCACGCAGUUGAGUGACGCGCGUGUAGUUCAUCAGGAACUGCUCUCAAACAACACAACUCAGCGACUGGUCGUCAACAAAGCGAUCUACGCGAAGAGUGUCCUCUACCUCCCAGGAUACCGCGUCGAGUUCAAGCAAGAUCUGGUCGGAGAGUCCAUCAUCGAGCUCGGCAGCGUCGGUCAACCAAGCAUCACCUUCCGCGGACAAACUGUUCCACUCAGCGAACAUGCGCGUGUGCUCACUGAUGAAACAUAUCUGCGUGUGAUUGAAGACGCACCGGCUCAAAAGGCUGCGGCGUAA